AUGUUGUGGAAACUACUACGUUUAUUCAUUAUUAUUAAACUCAUUCAACUAGCUAUAAUUUAUUUCUCACCAUGUCAAUUUGAUACUUCAUCUGAAUUGAUCAUUCAAAAUUUAUCAUCCACGUCAUCAUCAAAAUCAUAUUAUAAUGUCAUCAUCACUACCAUACUAAAUAAAUUGAUUGUUUGGGAUUCAGUUUAUUUCAAUGAUUUAUUCAUAAAUCCUAUUCAAUUUGAACAUCAAUUUGUAUUUUGUCCUGGUUGGAUUCAAUUAAUCAAAUUGUUGAAUAUCAAAAAUUAUUACACUGCCCAAUUGACAAGUAUACUUAUAUCCAACUUGUGUCAUUUUGCCUCAGUGAUUACAUUGUAUUAUUUGACUAAUGAAAUGGAUAUGAAAUUUGGAUUAGUGAGUGGUUUAUUGAUGAUUAUAUCACCAGCAGGAGUGUUUUUGACUGGAAAUUAUAGUGAAAAUUUGAGUAAUUUAUUGACAUUAUUGAUGUUUCUCACAUAUUAUAAAUCAAUAAAUUUUAAUGAUGUUAAACAACCUAGUAAUAAAUCUAUAACUAAUAUUUUGGGUUAUAUUAUUAGUGGUAUAUUCUGUGCGAUUAAUUUUACUGUGAGAGCAAAUGGAUUAUUACUAGGAGUGAUUUAUGUUUUCGAUUUAUAUCAUUUCAUACAAAAUAAAUCGUCAUCACAAAUUAUAUUAUCUAUUAUCACAGGAUCAAUUUUAUUUAUGACAUUUUUAAUGACAAAUAUUUAUCAUUAUAUAAAAUUUUGCCCUGGAAGAGAAUGGUGUAAUAAUACUUUCCCUAGUCUAUUUCAAUUUGCUCAACAUCAUUAUUGGAAUGUGGGAUUUUUGAAAUAUUGGACUCCUAAUAAUAUCCCAAAUUUUAUUCUUGUAUUACCAGUGUUAAUAUUCAAUAUUUAUUCAUUGGGUUAUAUGUAUCAAGAAUUACCCAAAAAUAGAAAAUUAUUACCAUUGAUCGUUAUAAAUGGAUUAAUAGUUGUUGGGGGUACAUUUUUUUGGAAUAUUCAAAUAUUAAAUCGUAUCACAAGUUUUUCUCCAUUGAUUUAUUGGACAUUGGCUUAUAAUUUAAAGAAACCUUGGGCUAAAUAUGCCAUUGGUUAUUGCAUAGUAUGGAAUUUUGUUCAAACUGGAUUAUUUGCAGCAUUUUUACCUCCAGCAUGA